UCACAACGUUACGCGUUUUCUGAACUGCAAACAUGAAAUCAGAGGGCGACGCGACAAGCCCGCCAGUCACCCAGACGCCCGCAACGACGUACACCCAAUGGACCACACCCCACAUUCCCAUUGAUCCUGCUCUGCAAGCACAAACGACGCAGGCGCAGCAGGCACAAUCACCGUACCAACAUUAUUCCCCGUACUCACACUAUCAAUAUGCGGCUCAUUAUCCUUCCUAUGCUGCUGCUGCUGCUCCGCAAGCAUCUCAACCAGCAACGACGACGGUUCCACGUCCAGUAACUGCCGCGGCAGCACCAACGACUCAGUCGACCAAUGGCGGGGGAGGGAUGGAUACCGCCGAUAUAGCUACGUUGAAUGACGCCUUGGGCAGCGCCGGUGUAGAUCUCAGAGCAGAAGAAGAAUCCCUACAGCGGUCGCACGAGCAACAUCUCACCUACCGUUCAUACGAAGACCGGACACGGAAACAACCCAUCACGCCUUCAUUCGACACUCGAUAUCUCGGCGCCACGAUGCGCACCGUUGGCACCCAGCACAAAGUCACGCGAAUACCUGAUGAUUCUGUCAACUACCUCGCUCUGGCUCUCCGUGCACGACUUCAAGGUCUCGUCGAACAAAUGGUCGCAGCCGCCAACCACCGCACAGACACCCAAUUCGAUCGACCCGCAUCAUUGUACGAGGAUGGGUCGCCCAUGUGGAGCAUCCUCGUCCGAAGUGACGUCGGGAAGCAGCUCGCCGCGCUAGAAAGGGUGGAGCGGGAAGAGGAGACGAAGGUGCGGCGGGAGCGAAAGGAGCGUGCGGAUAUGGCUGCUGCACAUGCUGUUGCUCUUGCUGCACAGGCAGCUGGCGGUCCUAGCGCGGUAGUGGAGUCGGUUUAUGAUGAUGCCGACGGCGGGGCGAAGAAGAGGAGGAAAAAGGACGGUCCGGGGGUCACCGCUCGCAACAUGUCGGAGGACGUGCGCAAAAAGAUGUCGAACGCUGUGGCUAGUCAAGCUGCCGGCAUUGGGGGUAAAUACUCUUGGAUGACUGCGGCUAAUGCUAGUGCGCCUGCUCCACGGCCUAAAGCUGCUGCCGCCGCUGCUUCCCCAAGCCCGGCUGGGGCGAGCACUCCGGGGGGAGCUAAUGCGCAAAGUUCGUGGUCGAGGCCGUACGUGCCUACGAAAAAGCCACCGACGCCGCAGCAGUCUGUAGUUGAGGAUGAUACGCGGACGACGAUAACUCUAAGAGAUGCAAUGUUUGUGAUAGAGAAGGAACGUGGUCAUGGCGGUGGAAGGGGCGCAGCAAGGGGGUGGACGUAGGUUUUCUUCGCGUACUGGUAUUGGUCACGGUAUUGGGGUCUAGGUUGUAAUCACACCUUUCGUCGUAUACUCUUCAUGAGGUACGCGGCCAAAGAGAAAAAGACAGUGACAUCUUUCGCAGAGAAAGGUAGUGUUUAAAGGUACAGAAUCAAAGACAUGGAA